UGGUUCCAGUGCCUGAGAGAUACAAGCCCAGGAGGAGGUGGUGUCAUUUUUCCUACCUAAGUGUUGGCAGGUACGCUGCUGGCCACGAACGGCGACCAUGGAGAAGCUGGUGGUGAAGAUGCUGGCCAUGUGUUUGGUUCUUGCUAACCCAGCCUGGACGGAGGAGCAGGAGAAGGUGGUACACGGUGGCCCCUGUUUGAAGAACUCUCAUCCCUUCCAAGCCGCCCUCUACACGUCAGGCCACCUGCUGUGUGGUGGGGUCCUCGUUGACGCACAAUGGGUGCUCACAGCUGCCCACUGCAAAAAACCGAAUCUGGAGGUGUUCCUGGGGAAACACAACCUGCGGCAAACAGAGAAUUUCCAAAGGCAGAUCUCUGUGGAUCAGACAAUUAUCCACCCCCGAUACAACCCUGACACCCACGACAACGACAUCAUGAUGGUGCAUCUGAAAAAUAAAGUCAAAUUCUCUCAAAAGAUCCAGCCUCUGCCCUUGAGGAGAGACUGCUUUGAGGAGAAGCCUAGCUGCCAGAUCCUCGGCUGGGGCAAGAUGGAAAAUGGUGACUUCCCAGACACCAUUCAGUGUGCUGAUGUCCAACUGGUGUCCCGGAAGGAGUGUGAGCGUGCCUACCCUGGUAAGAUCACCCAAAAUAUGGUGUGCGCAGGUGACAAGGAAGAAGGGAACGAUUCCUGCCAGGGUGAUUCUGGAGGGCCCCUGGUAUGUGGAGGUCAUCUCCGAGGCCUCGUGUCAUGGGGUAACAUGCCCUGUGGAUCAAAGGAGAAGCCGGGGGUUUACACCGAUGUCUGCACCUAUAUCAGAUGGAUCCAAAACAUCAUAAAAAACAAACAGCUCUGACCUGAGAUAUCCCCCGACCCUGGCUGACUACAGAUUCUCCCUCCCUGACACCCACCCUACUCUCAGAACCAUCAGAUGCCCAGAUCUGACACUGAUGCUUAAUAAAUGUAGUG